ACGGGUUAAUAGUUGUAUAUUCCCCCAAAUCUUAAAUCCCCAAAUGCUCAAACCAAAUUCCCAAACUCAGAAACUAUCCUGCCAUUCUUCUUCCUCUUUGAGCUCCUGCGAUUCUUCUUCCUCUUUGAACUGCUGUGAUUCUUCUUCCUCAAACCUCAAACCUUCUUCGAUUCUUCUUUCUCCGGUAUCAGGGCAAAGUUUUCUCCAGCAAAUCCAGAUAAUCAUGGCAUCUCAAAAUGAAGAGAAUCUGCCAGCUUCAUCUUCUAAUGUUAUUUCCUUAGAUGAUGAGAGUCAAAGGCCUUUACAAUCUGAUGAAGUUGUUGAAAUGGAAAAAAGGAGAUAUUCUCGAGCAUGGAAUCAUUUCGAGCCGGUGAAGUUUAAUGGUGUUCCAUAUGAUGUUUGUAAGUAUUGCAAUCGCCGAUAUAAAAAUGCUAGAAAUUAUGGUACAAAAUCUAUGUUAGAUCACAUACCUAAGUGUCCUAAUAGGCCAAGAGAUGUACAAAAUGAGGGUGAUACUAAGGGUGGUUAUUUUGAUCAAGAUGUUUCACGUAAACAACUUGCACAUGCCAUUAGUUUACAUGAGUAUCCACUCUAUAGUUGAUCAUGUGGGAUUUAGGAACUUUGUUGCGAGUCUCCAGCCUAUGAUUAAGAUGGUUUCCAGAAAUACAAUCAAGAAUGACAUAAUGAAAAUUUUUGACAAUUUUAAAUCGCAAACUUCUAAGUUGUUGGAGAAAGUCACGAGUAGAAUUGCAAUAACAAC